AUGUCUUCGGCGAAUCCCCCGGUUAUUCUUAUCGUCCCAGGUGCCUUCGGGACACCUGAGGGCUUCGACAAAUUGAUACCGUAUCUGACCAAAGCCGGACACGCAACACACCCAGGGCCGUAUCCUAGUUGCAAUCCUUCUGAUCCGGCUCAAGAGUCCGCUUCUCAGGAUAUCGCUUCUGUACAAAGCAUAUUACUCUCUCUUUUGAACGAACAUAAUAAGGAUGUUGUUAUUAUCGCACAUUCAUACGGAGGUGUUGUUGCAGGUGGUGCAGCAAAAGGACUUGCGAAAGAGACUAGAGAAGCUCUGGGUCAAAAGACUGGUGUGCUUGGCCUUAUUUACGUAGUGGGCAAUAUUACACUUGACGGAGAGUCUCUUUUCCAAGCUGGAGGGGGCUCUUAUCCUCCUUUUAUCAAAGAAAACAAACCAUCUCAGGGACUUGCUAUGAUUGAACCGGCGAUGGACAUUCUAUACAAUGACUGCGACCGUGCUCUCGAACCGGAAUUUAAUAAGCUAAUGCUGCCGCAUGCACUCCGGGCUUUUGAGACCCCCGCUACUGCUCCUGCUUGGGCCGAGCAAGCGUUUGAUGGCAGGAGAGCAUAUGUGCGUACACUGGAUGACUGUUGUAACCCUUCAUCGUUGCAGGAUCUGUGGUUGGAGAAGACCAAGGUCGAAUGGGAAGUUGUGGACUUCAAGACCGGACAUAUGCCAUUUGUGAGCCAGCCCGAGGCCUUGGCAGCGCAGAUCGAAAAAUUCAUUGAUGGCUUUGUUGCAAAGUAA